GCGAGGUCGUGCAUUGUGUGUUCUACCUCGGCAACUCUCGACAAUCAUAAUCUCGAAGCUAGCACAUCAUGACGGUACUAGAAGGAAUCGUAACAAAAGCUGGCGUGAUGGGCAAGACGGUAACGGUGACGGUAUCACGCAAGGUGGUACAUCCGAUAUUGUUGAAGGAGAUGAAGCGACAUAAGAAAUUCCUGGUGCACGAUGAGCACGAGCAGGCAAGACUGGACGACCGGGUAACGAUCCAACUCGGCAAACCUCAAUCGAAACGAAAAUCAUUCUACCUCACUCAGAUCCAUUCCCGUGGUUCGGCUCUCGUAACACCCUCGACGGUCGUCGCAGGAGCAGUAGCACCGGAACAACAGGAGAGCGAGAUCUUGAAGCAGGUCGAGCUGGCCGAAAAGAGCAUGGGCACGGAAGGGUUUGAAAAGCAGGAAAGGCGCAGGAAGGAAGAGGAGAGGGAACAGAAGGUCUUGGAGAAGAUGGGGAUCCAAAGCGAGGCUUGA